AUGGACGUCAACUGUACAUUGAUUGAGUGCCUGGACGCGAAGGACAACAAGCGUGUUCUUUUUAACUUCCUCAUUCUUGACGCCCCAUCACCGAGUAGCCUACCAGCAUAUCUGAAAGCACUGCAACGGCGGCAGGUGCGUCACCUUGUACGUGUGUGUGGUCCGACAUACGACGCCACCCUCGUCGAGAAAAAUGGCAUUGAGGUGCACAGCUGGCCCUUCGACGACGGUGCGCCGCCCCCGCGUGGGGUGUUGGAAUCCUGGUUCCGUUUGCUGGACACCGAAAAGGCCCAUCUUGAUUCUGGCGACAUCAAACAGCCGGCCACUAUCGCAAUCCAUUGCGUCGCUGGACUCGGCCGGGCCCCGAUCCUCGUUGCUGUGGCGCUUGUGGAGUACGGCGGCUUAGCUCCACUUGACACCAUAACGCUCAUUCGUGAGCGGAGGCGUGGGGCGAUCAACCAAACGCAGAUGCACUGGCUUGUAAAGUACAAGAGACGUGGUGGUAAUGGGGGAGGUUGCGCCAUCAUGUAA